AUGAUCAGGAGGGAGAAGGGUCGUCGGAGAGAUUUGUGGAUGUUGGAGUAUGAUAAAGGAGGAGGGGAAGAAGAAGAAGGAGGUGGACCGGUGGUGACUGUUGCGAAGGCGGCGGAUAAUUCGAGUGACGAUGGUGAUAAUAACAUUAGCAUCAACAACAUUGUUAACGUAACAAUAAUCUUCACCAAAAAAUUCCAAACCUCAAAGCUGAAACUUCCUCCGGGUCCACAAAAACUUCCGAUCAUCGGAAACUUACACAACCUCGAAGGAUUACUGCACAAAUGCCUUCAAAACCUCUCAAAAUCCCACGGACCAGUGAUGAGACUCCACUUCGGAUUCGUUUCUGUGGUCAUAGUCUCUUCAAACCAAGCAGCAGAAGAAGUUCUCAAAACCCAUGACCUAGAUUGUUGCAGCCGACCAGAAACCGUAGCGACAAAGAAAAUCUCUUACAACUUCAAAGACAUCGGAUUCGCUCCUUACGGUGAAGAGUGGAGAGCUUUGAGGAAGCUCGCUGUGGUCGAGCUAUUCAGCUUGAAAAAACUCAACGCUUUUAGGUAUAUAAGAGAAGAAGAGAAUGACUUGUUUGUCAAGAAACUCUCUGAAGCUUCUCAAAAACAAUCUCCUGUGAAUCUGAAGAAAGCCCUUUUCACUUUAAUUGCUAGUAUUGUGUGUAGACUCGCCUUCGGUCAAAAUCUCCACGGAUCCGAGUUUAUCGAUGAAGAUAGUAUAGAGGAAUUAGCGUCUAGGUCGGAGAAGCUUCAGGCGAAAUUUGCUUUCUCUAAUUUCUUCCCUGGAGGUUGGAUCAUCGACAGAAUUACAGGUCAAAGCAAGAGCUUAAACGAAGUUUUCUCAGAGCUCGACGGGUUUUUCAAUCGAGUGCUCGAUGAUCAUCUAAAGCCAGGAAGAAGAGUGUUGGAGACUCCAGAUGUUGUGGAUGUGAUGAUUGGUAUGAUGAAUAAACAAGGCGAAGAUGGUUCUUUUAAGCUCACUACUGAUCAUAUCAAAGGAACAAUCUCUGAUAUAUUUCUUGCGGGAGUAAACACAAGUGCAACGACCAUACUUUGGGCAAUGACAGAGUUAAUGAGAAACCCAAGAGUGAUGAAGAAAGUGCAAGAUGAGGUUAGGACAGUACUUGGUGAAAACAGAGAAAAAAUCACAGAACAAGAUCUUAACAAACUUAACUACUUCAAGCUUGUGAUUAAAGAGACGUUCAGAUUACAUCCAGCAGCUCCGCUUCUACUACCAAGAGAGACAAUGUCUCCAAUCAAGCUCCAAGGCUACGACAUACCCGUGAAAACCCAGAUCAUGAUCAACGUUUAUGCUCUAGCACGUGACCCGAAGCUUUGGGAGAAUCCAGAUGAGUUUAAACCGGAAAGAUUUGCUGACGGUUCUGUUGAUUACAGAGGACUUAACUUCGAGCUUUUGCCGUUUGGUUCUGGUCGGAGGGUCUGUCCUGGAAUGACGAUGGGGAUCGCAAUGGUCGAAUUAGGGUUGUUGAAUUUGCUUUACUUCUUUAAUUGGGGAUUGCCUGAAGGAACCACGGUUAAAGAUAUCGACAUGGAAGAAGAAGGUGCGGUUAUUAUUGGCAAGAAAGUUUCUCUUGAACUUGUACCUAUUCGUCCUCAUUGA